GCCGGAAGUCUCGUGACUCGCUCGGCGCUUGCCCGAGACACGUCGCCAGGCCCCGCCUCUUCCCUUCCCCGCGGCCGCCAUUUUGUGAGCGCCAGAAGGAGCGAGAACGUCCGAGGGGAGAGUCGCCGCCGCCGCCGCCUUCGUCGCCGUGAGGAGAGCCGAGGGAAGGGGGUCUCGCCGCGCGUCUUUAGCCGCCCACUUUCUUUCCCCAUUCGCCCCCCCGGCCCCUGCCCCCCUUCUUCGCCGGCCAUGCCCUCCUCGCCGCUCCGGGUGGCUGUGGUCUGCUCCAGCAACCAAAACCGCAGCAUGGAGGCCCACAAUAUCCUCAGCAAACGUGGCUUCAGCGUUCGAUCCUUUGGCACUGGGACUCAUGUGAAGCUGCCGGGACCCGCUCCGGACAAGCCAAACGUUUACGAUUUCAAAACGACAUACGAUCAGAUGUACAGUGAUCUCCUUAGGAAAGACAAAGAACUCUAUACACAGAACGGGAUCUUGCACAUGCUGGACAGAAACAAGCGAAUCAAGCCACGGCCGGAAAGGUUCCAGAGCUGCAAAGACGUUUUUGAUCUCAUCUUGACGUGCGAAGAAAGAGUCUAUGAUCAAGUAGUAGAAGAUUUAAAUUCUAGAGAACAAGAGACGUGUCAGCCCGUACAUGUGAUAAAUGUGGACAUUCAAGAUAAUCAUGAGGAGGCAACACUGGGAGCUUUUCUUAUCUGCGAGCUAUGUCAAUGUAUACAGCAUACGGAAGACAUGGAAAACGAAAUAGAUGAGUUGCUACAGGAAUUUGAAGAGAAAAGCGGACGGACUUUUCUUCACACGGUUUGCUUCUAUUGAAAGCACGCCUCGUCUCCUUCUCUAGGCCUUACACUUGCAGACUAAAGAAGCACGCGGUCACAUUCUGAGUCGACUGGACUUUUCGCCCUUCUCUUCGGAGAGUGACUUUACAACUUUUUUUUUGUUUUCAUUGUUGCUGUUUAAAUUUUUCCCCUCUCCUUUCUUGGUGGCUUUUUGUUUUUGUUUUGUUUUUUAACUUUAUUUUUGGGUGUUUCGAUGUUGAAACACAAGGACGAACUGUGUGUAUGAAAACAAAAGACAUUAUUAUAAACAUAAACGCUGCUUUAUUUAAGAGAGUUUUAAAAAAUCAAGAUUUUUAAAAAACCUCCCCCCCCCAAAACAAAUCUUCCUUCUUCUUUCUCCCUUCGAUAUCCUACUUUUAGCGGUUACAAGUAGGGCUUUAAUUUUAAAGGUAAUAUUUCCAAAAUGGUGUUGUUUGUGUUUUCCAGCUAAAGAAAGGUUUUAUUUUUGUCUUGGAGGUUUAUUUUAAGGAGAGGGGGGAAGGAAUACCUUUUUUUUUUAAUUUGAAUGGAAUAGACUGAAUGUCUGAGAUGUCUAAAGUAUGACUGAGAUAAAUACCUGUAUAUUAUUAAGAAUGAAAUUGGAAAUCUCCAAUAAAUCCAAACAGCUCCAA